GGAUGGUUACUUCACAUUUGGUGACCCCGAUGUCAUUACCUGUGCUGCCAGCCCUUCACUCACCCCCAACUGGGCAAAGUCUCGCAACCAAGGCCGGCCGUCAGCGAACGGAGCACCCUCCCAAAUCGUGAGUAAUGGGCUCGGGCUUCUCAAAGGCUCAGACUGCACACCUGCAGGAGCUUUGGGAUCUCCCCAAAUUCUUCAUUGCAAUCUCUCAAGCGGCAGAUCGCCUGCUUCCCAUUGCAAUCUUUCAAGCGGCUGAUUGCCUGCUUCCCAUACCCCCAGAAAAGCCGCCCGUCAGCUACACGCACAUCUGCGAGAUGGCGCGCUUCGUGCUCCGUGCCGGCACCUGCAUCCCUCUGCACGACCACCCGGGCAUACAGGGGCUGCUGAAGGUCCUCUACGGCACCCUCCGCAUCGCCUGCUUCGAUGAGCAGCCUGAGGAGCCCAAGGACGCCGCCACUUCCGCCAACGGCUCCGAGGCCGCCUCCUGCCCUGGCCACCCUCGCCGCUUGCGCGCCUUGCUCUGCUCGCACUGCCUCUACACGGCCUCCGCGCCGCCCUGCCUGCUCUCCCCACAGCGGGACAACCUGCACCAGAUCGCGGCCGAGGGUGCCGGGCCCGCCGUCUUCCUCAACAUCCUGGCACCGCCCUACGACCCGGCCCGCGGACGCGACUGCCACUACUACCGGCUGGCCGACGGGCAGAGCCUCCUGGCCGCAACUGGCCCUCCGUGCGCUCUCUGGCUGUUGGAGACCACGCAGGCGCCCGACUUCUGGUGUGGCGGGGAGCCUUACCCGGGCCCCCGAGUCUACCCCUGAGCCAGGAUGGA